AUGUCAGCCAUGGAUCUCCGAGUCGGUAACAAAUACAGAAUCGGUCGGAAGAUUGGCUCGGGGUCAUUCGGCGAGGUGUACAUCGGUACGAACAUCAUUUCAGGGGAGGAAAUCGCCAUCAAGCUGGAGAGCGUCAAGGCCAGACACCCCCAACUCGAAUACGAAGCCCGAGUCUAUAAAUCCCUUGCCGGUGGUGUCGGAAUCCCAUUUGUUCGCUGGUAUGGCACCGAGGGCGAUUAUAAUUGUAUGGUCUACGAUCUUCUGGGGCCUAGUUUGGAAGACCUAUUCAACUUCUGCAACCGGAAGUUCUCUAUGAAGACUUGCCUUCUUCUGAUGGACCAGCUCCUCUCUCGGAUCGAAUAUAUCCACGCGAAAUCCUUCAUCCACCGCGACGUCAAACCGGAUAACUUCAUCAUGGGGAUUGGAAAGCGAGGGAAUCAGGUCAACGUUAUCGACUUCGGGCUGGCUAAGAAAUAUCGCGAUCCGAAAACCCAUUUCCACAUCCCUUAUCGCGAGAAUAAGAACCUGACUGGCACUGCUCGCUACGCCUCUAUCAACACGCACCUUGGCGUCGAACAGGCUCGACGUGACGAUAUGGAAUCUCUUGGCUAUGUGGUACUAUACUUCCUCCGCGGCUCGUUGCCUUGGCAGGGCCUCAAGGCCGCGAGCAAGAAGCAGAAAUACGAUCGCAUCAUGGAGAAGAAGAUGACGACGCCGACCGAAACCCUCUGCCGUGGCCUCCCCAACGAGUUCGCCAUCUAUCUCAACUACACUCGAUCUCUCCGAUUCGAUGAUAAGCCCGACUAUAGUUAUCUACGCAAAAUCUUUCGGGAUCUCUUCGUCCGAGAGGGCUACCAAUACGACUAUGUGUUUGACUGGACCGUUUACAAGUAUCAGAAGAACGCCGAAGCUGUGGCGAAUGCUGCUGGUGGCAAGGCCAAAGACGGUGUGGCUGAUGGUUCUCCGGCCGUCCGCGUCAGCCGUACUCGCAAUCCGAUCCCCCGAACUGGUAGGGAGACUCGGGAGACCGGCCGCGACAGAACUUGA